GAGUGUAUACGAGCGCUUGGUCGUAAAGGAGCUCAUUUACCGUUCCGUGCUAGUAAACUAACCCAGGUUCUAAGAGACUCCUUCAUUGGUGAGAAGUCUAAGACUUGUAUGAUUGCUAUGGUUUCUCCUGGCAUGAGUUGCUGUGAACACACCCUGAACACCCUACGAUAUGCAGACAGAGUUAAAGAGCUUGGUCCUGAGAGCAAGAGCCGUCGACCAGCGCCAGGUGACGCUGGUGAUUCAGUUCUAGAUGAAGGCAARAACGGCGCUCUUUCACCAAUGGGAGAUAAAAUAGUCAAUAACCAGGACUUAGCUAUGCUUUGUACUCAUAGCGGUUCUGGGGACCAGUCUCAAGAAUUAUACACAUUCCACGAGGCAGUCACGCAGUUAAACGACAUUGAAGAUAACCUAGUCGAUGAACACAAGAAUAGCAUCGAGGAAGCAAGAACGUUGCUUGAUGAAGAACAAAAACUUGUCGAAAGAAUAGACUCCGAUGUUGAUUACGAUGUCGAAGAAUACGUUAAGCGGUUGGAUGAAAUUCUAGCGCAAAAGAUCACGAAAUUUACAGAGUUACGAGAAAAAGUUUGCCAAUUCAGAAAACAGCUUGAAGAAGAAGAGAUGGCCAGUCGAAACAUCAGAAAACUCCCAGGCUAUUAAUGAUAAUCGAAAACAGAGAUUUCUUUUCUGUCUCUCAGUUGAACCCCCAGCUAAACUUUGCUCUCUUAAAACGUCUACUCGUGCUAGACRAUAACGGACAUUGUAUGGCGCGCUCGAAAAGAACAUAUAGCGAGCGCUCGUUUAGUUUAAAACAUCCCAAUGUGUAUGCAAAGAUCUGAGUUUUAUUAUUGAAGGGAAGUGUGUAUAACUACUGUACAGGACAAACAAGUGCAUGGAUAUUUAUUGAGUAAUAAGCAUUAUCUAUAGAGUGAAUACAUUAAACCCGCGAAAAAACUACA